AUGGCGUGGACCGUUUGGGUAGUUCCGCUGCUACAACUAACGAGCAGCCGCGCAGGGGAGGCAACCUCUGGCUGCGCGGCUUUGCUGCAGGCCGCGGAGAGCGGCGACGACAUCACAUUUGCAUUGCACUGCCGAUCUCACUUCAGCCCGAAGGACUGCGACGCCGUUCGGCGAUCCCUCGGCGAUCGGCCUUGGAAUUCGGAGAGUAGAGAGCAAACCUGCCAGGAACUCUUGCACGAACUGCCAGAGGAGCUGGAAGCUAGCAUCCGGAAAAAGGAGACCACCACGGAGCAGGCGCUGCUCAAGGACUCCGACCAGUUGGGCAAAACUGCCGCAACCACAACAGCACGGCUAGUAGCUCCGGCUCUCACGCCUUCCUCAACAAGUCCACAAGUCCCAAGCACUGUGGCCGCGACGACUGCAACGCUUCCCACACCUCUCACACCCACACAGUCUCCGAGCAAAGAGUCAAGCCGAACGAAGGCUAAGGCUGCUGAGGCCACGACUCCCACACCAGAACCAGAGGAUCUGCCAGAAGUGCAGCCUCCUUCUUCGCCUGCACCCAUUACAUUCCCAGCCACCCCACCUCCCAGCACCCACCCUGCCACCACAACAGCAGCAACGCUUCCUCAGCUGCCAGCAAAGGAGGACGAGGUAAAGGAAGAAAAGGAGAAGCGGAAGGAGGAGGUACGGUAUGAAGAAGACGAGGAUGAUGAGGAAGACAAAGAGGAGAAGAAGGCGGAGGAAAAGGUCAAGCAAAGGGUGGAGGAGGAAGAAGAGCAGGAUGAGAAGGACGCGGAAGAGAAGGAGAGGGAGCGAGAGGAGGAAGAAGAGGAGGAUGCCGAGGAAUUGGCGAUUACAGGAGUGGCUCAGAGCUUUCCAGUUGCUCUGCCAGCUCCUGCCGCCAAAGCGUCCUCCAUGCAAGGAGCAGGGAUUUGUCCGCCUUUCGGUUUAGGAUUCUACUCAGUGUGGCAAUGA